CGAGUGGGAUCAGAACUGCGGAAUUACCGUAGAGAGACGCGGGACCAUUUUUAAUAAAACGGAACCGGUAAUCCCGGUUAAAGUUUUUUUAAUUGAAAAAAUAAUAAAAAACUAAAAGAGAGGAGAGAGACCAAAACAUAAAAAGAGCACCAAACCCAAACCAAAGUAGAAACUGACAGCAUCUCUCCGUAUCCAAAAAGAGAAAAUUAAUCAACAGACCAAGAAGCAGCCACCGGAAAAUGCUGACGUGUAUAGCUCGUUCGAAGCGAGCCGGCGAUGAAUCUUCGGGUCAACCCGACGAUCCAGAUUCCAAGCACGCCAAAUCUCUAACAUCUCAGCUCAAGGACAUGGCUCUGAAAGCUUCGGGUGCUUACCGGCAUUGUACGCCGUGCACGGCGGCGCCGGGACAGGGUCAAGGGCAGGGUCCGAUUAGGAACAAUCCGGUGUCGGCAAAGCCGGAUUUCGAAUCGGAUCAACGGUUUAAGAUGCUGUACGGAAGAUCAAACAGCUCGAUUACUUCGUCGGUGGCGGCGGCGGCGACGGCGACGCAACAGCCAAGGGUUUGGGGAAAGGAGAUGGAGGCGAGGCUUAAAGGGAUAUCGAGCGGCGAGGCGACUCCGAAAUCGGCGAGCGGGAGGAACCGGGUCGACCCGAUAGUGUUUGUGGAGGAGAAAGAGCCAAAGGAAUGGGUCGCUCAGGUGGAGCCUGGGGUUCUAAUCACCUUCGUCUCUCUUCCCGGCGGUGGCAAUGAUCUUAAACGGAUACGUUUCAGCCGAGACAUGUUCAACAAGAUACAAGCUCAACGAUGGUGGGCUGAUAACUACGACAAAGUGAUGGAACUUUACAAUGUUCAAAAACUAAGCCGCCAAGCUUUCCCGCUUCCCACGCCGCCUAGAUCCGAAGACGAGAAUGCAAAAGCAGAGUAUCAUCCAGAGGACACUCCCGCAACACCGCCAUUAAACAAAGAACGGCUGCCUCGUAAUAUCCAUCGGCCAGUUGGAUUGGCUGCUUACUCAUCCUCGGAUUCACUCGACCAUAGUUCGACGCAGAGCCAGCAGUUUUACGACUCUGGUCUACUCAACUCAACUCCUAAACUUUCAAGCAUAAGCGGAGCCAAGACGGAAACUUCUUCCAUGGAUGCUUCCAUAAGAAGCAGCUCGUCGAGAGAUGCAGACCGGUCAGAGGAAAUGUCGAUAAGCAAUGCGAGUGAUGUUGAUCAGAACGAAUGGGUGGAGCAAGACGAGCCUGGAGUUUAUAUCACCAUCAAAGUUUUACCUGGUGGGAAAAGAGAGCUUAGAAGAGUUAGAUUCAGUCGAGAGAGAUUCGGGGAGAUGCACGCGAGGCUAUGGUGGGAAGAGAACAGGGCAAGGAUACAUGAACAAUAUUUGUGAUCAUCGUCUUAAAUAUCUGGUCUCGAUGCAUCAAAACGGUUUUGUGAAUUUGAUUUUCUCAUUCUCGGUAUACCGUUUUUUUUUUGUUUUUCAUUUUCUUUUCCAGCUGAAGUAAUUCUUCUCUUUUAUUUCAAAGAGAAUCCUUCCACAGGGUACUCCUUGUGCCUCCCAGAAAUCUCAAAAUCAAUAUCAAUUGUGGAAUAUGUUUAAGGAGGUUUCUUAAACUCUUCCUUAAAAAAAUUGCUAAAGCUUGGAAAAUGUCUAUUUU